UUUGAAAUAUCCAGUAUAAUUUUAUUCGUACGCCGGUAAAGAACAGAGUUCGUUUGAAAAAGUCCCCAGAAAAAAUUUACCGUCUACUUUUUUUUUUUUUUAUUUUUUUUCGUUUGUACUUUACUGACUAAGCUCUUUGGUAAAAAUAUAAAUUUUUAUAAGUCUAUCAGACGGACUUGUUUUAUCUCAAAAUUUAUAAGUUCGAAGUAUACGUGUAAAAAAAUUGUAUUUCGUCUCAAAAUUGGUAAUACCGCGUUUUAAUAAAAUAACAAAGCGUUGAAGCUUCGAUUUCCAAACACCAAAAGUCAAUUAUAAAAAGCCAAUAGCCACAAAACCUCAACUAGCUGCAGAAUGAAGUCGGUGCGUCAGUUCCAGUGCUUUUUGAAGACAAUGCGUGUUCUGUGCCGGCCCCUCAACCUGGGAAAGAUCGGCGUACGUUUUACAAGCGGCUGUGGCGAGAAGUCAGCCAACGCAAAGGGCGUUGUGGUGGGCCUCUAUCAAAAGGAGGGGGACAAGGACCCAAAGCUCACCCCGGCCGGCCAAAAGAUCGACAACCGAAACGACGGGAAGCUGAUGAAGCUGAUCUGCGAGACCAAGCUGGACGGCCGAGUUGGUCGCGGCAAGGUCUUCAGCAACAUCGACAGUGAUUUUGCGUCGGUGGCCGUUGUGGGCGUCGGCCUCGAAGGCAUCGGCUUCAACGAGCUGGAGAUGAUUGACGAAGGCAUGGAGUUUGUGCGCGUGGCGGCCGGAGUAGGAGCCCGGUCGCUGCAGUACCAGGGCAUUGGCAUGGUCUCGGUUGACGGCAUGGACUACGCGGAGCAGGCGGCCGAAGGUGCCCAGCUGGCCGUCUGGCGGUUUCCCGACAACCAAAAGGUCAAGCCCAUGGUGCCCCAACUGGAGUUAUUCGAUUCGUCCGACAACGAGGGCUGGACUCGUGGCAUCUUCAAGGCUGAGGCCCAGAACCUGGCCCGUCGCGUCAGCGAUGCUCCCGCCAACUGCAUGACGCCCACCCUGUUCGCCCAGGCCACCGUUGACGCCCUGUGCCCGUGCGGCAUCAGUGUCGAGGUACGCACCAUGGACUGGAUCGAGACGCAGCGAUUGAACGCCUUCCUGAUGAUCGCCAAGGGCAGUUGCGAGCCGCCAGUCUUCCUCGAGAUCAGCUACUGCGGUACCGUACCCGAGGACAAGCCCAUCCUGUUCGUGGGCAAGGGCAUAACCUUCAACUCCGGCGCCAUCAACCUGCGACCUUGCGAGGGUAUGGACGAGUACCGUGCUUCCAUGUCCGGCGCUGCCGCCGUGGUGGCCAUGAUGCGCUGCGUCGCCGCCCUGUCCCUGCCCAUCAACGUCACCUGCGUCAUCCCCCUGUGCGAAAACAUGCCCUCAGGAAUGUCAGCGAAGCCUGGCGAUGUGGUCACCCUUCUUAACGGCAAAACAAUGUCCGUGCGUGACCUAGACAAGGCCGGCGUGGUGGUGCUAGCCGAUGCCCUGCUGUACGGCCAGAAGACUUAUACGCCCCGCCUGGUCGUGGAUAUAGCCACACUCAAUAACGGCACCAAGAAGGCCUUUGGUGGCGGUGCCACUGGAAUCUUCUCCAACUCCCACUACAUCUGGAAGCAGUUCCAGCGCGCUGGUGCCAUCUCCGGGGAUCGGGUGUGGCGUCUCCCCCUGUGGCACUACUACAAAAAGCAGGUCACUGACAACCGUUCCUUCGAUCUGAGCAACAAUGGCCGCGGACUGGCUUCAUCCUGCCUGGCGGCUGCCAUUCUUCAUGAGUUGGUGCCCUGCCUGGAUUGGGCCCAUCUGGAUACCCGCGGCACAGGUCUUUUAACAAAGUAUGGUCUGGUGCCCUAUCUGACCGAGAAGCGAAUGACCGGACGUCCCACGCGCACCCUGGUGCAGUUUGUCUACCAAAUAGCAUGUCCCGAGAUGAAGUGAGAGUAGCACUCGUGAUGGUUGCACCAAGGCAGCCAAGAUGUUUUACGAGUAGUUUGUAUAUUUCAUUUUUUAUAAGUGCAAUAUAAGCGCGGCGUAUUAGUA